GGCUGGGAUCCUGAAAGACCCUGGGUCUUUCAAAGGCUGUCUACAGAAUCACUGCAGCCUGCGAAGGGCACCAGACAGGUACAAAGAUCCUCUCUUGCAGAUGAAGAAGACAGUUUUUGGCCAGUGUCUGGAAGAGGCUUCGCUGCAGCUAUGCUGGAGUGUGUGUGCUUGUUCUGACACUGCGAGUCAACUGUGCUCUGCAGCAUGCCCUCUUGCCCUGGCAUGGCUUCUCAGCAGCCGAGGAAUUAAGGAAUGAAGACUUUUGGAGAGGAAGGAAAUGGCCUGCGACUGGGUUUUGUACCAAUGUGUAUUCAGGACAUGGUGGUGGCGGCAGGCAGGAGCUGAGACAUGCUCCUGGAGCCUGCACUGGAGAGCAGUGGUGACGCCAGCUCACCAUGCCCAUCUUCCCUCCCUCUGGUGCCCCUUGAGAGACUGAGGAGGGCUCAUAGCAUCCCCUACCUUGGCAGAAUGUCCCUGUGAAGCCCGGUCUGCAGCUGCAAACAGGUCCAUCCUUCAUCAGCUGGCAGUGCCCCUGGUGCUGGCAAGGGUUUGGCAGGCAGGCGUUCGGGCUCCUCUUGAGAUGGAGGGCUGCCACUCGCCAGGGGCUUGCCAGCUCCCCUGCAGCAAAGGGAAGGUAAGAAAGCUGAAACUCAACAAGAAAUCUCCCCUGUGAGAGACAGGAGAGCGAACUCACCCACAGCAUGAAGCCCUGCACAGCUCGCUAGGGCUGAGGUCCUCGCCUAGAGCCAGGGCAGACACAUCUGAGGAAGAACCUUCCCCUUGGCUUGCCUGGGAGGAUGUGAGUGAGAGCCUGGGAGAGCUCCUCAGCAUGGCUGUAAUCUGGAUCAGAGCUAUGGAGCCUGCCACCAGCUAGCAAGGAGAGUGGUGUCACCACAACAAAGAGGCAAAUGUGAACAUCCACCCACAGAGGCUUUUUCCUAAUCACAACGAAAACCAGAAAACAAAAGUGUUUAGCACUUGACCCUGCUUACAGUCUAAUGAACGACCAAUUAGAAAAAGAAGCAGAAAGAAAAGGCCUCCUGCCAUCCCUGGCUGCCAGCUUUUGGUUCCUCAGAGGAGGCAGAAUGGAUGCCCUGAAGGAGAAGGAAGAAGAUGAGCAAAGAGUGGAAGAAAAGCUGAAGGGUUUGGCAGUCAGUGAUGACCUCCAGGAUGUGGAGACAAAGGUGCCUGCGGAGCAAGACUGUGUCCCAAAGCACUCCAUUGACAUGUUCCAGUUACCACCCUCGUACAAGACCAGUUCGCCCAAGGAAAAGCAGCUGCUGCACAUCGCUGAUGAUUUUCUCCAGCAGUAUAUCCACCUGUGCCCUGACCGCAAGCCACUCUUCCUCCACCCGGUCAACGAGUGUGGCGUGGAGAAGUUUGUGAGCACAACGGUGAGGCCAACCCUACUGCCUUACACGGAGCUGUACGACUGGGAUGGCUGUGCCAGCUUCGUCUCCGAUUACCUCGUCAUGGAGCCCCUUGAGUGCCCUAUCACUCUGCCCAGUUCACUCUAUUCCCCGACCACCACUCUGAAACACCAGCGAGGGAACUGCUUUGACUUCAGCGUGCUGCUGUGCUCCAUGCUGAUUGGGGCCGGGUAUGAUGCCUACUGUGUGCAGGGCUAUGCCACCCUGGAGACAUGCACCCUGGAUGAGACGCAGGAGCUGUGCCCAUUGCUCAGGAAGCCACUGGAGACACAGGUACCAAAAGAGGAGGUGAAGAAAAAGUAUAGAAUUAAGCCCAUACCAGACAUGCAGAGCAAGUUUAAGCUUCAGCAGGAGGCCAAGAACGCAGCAGCAAUUGAAGCUGCUCAGAAGGACAAGAAGAGAGAUGAGAAGGAAGCAGGAAAGCCCAAGCUUGAACCUUUGCAUGGCCUGCGGGUGCAUGCAUGGGUUUUGGUUCUGUCUGGGAAGAGGGAGGUUCCUGAGACCUUCUUCAUCAACCCCUUCACGGGAAACAGACACAACACCACAGAUAAACGCUUCCUUGGGAUCGAGAGCAUCUGGAACCACAGGAACUACUGGGUGAACAUGCAGGACUGCAGGCAUGGCUGCAAGGAUCUCACCUUUGACUUGGGUGACGCUAUCCGCUGGGAAGUCAUGCUUUCAGAGAGCAACCCUCUUCAGCUGGUCCCUGAGGAGGAAGAAGAGUUAUUUGACAGUGACAUGGAAAGAGAGAAGAGAGUGAGUUUUGACAUGCCACCAUCGUGGGUAGCUCCAAUUCGGAUACCUCCCAGAGAGUUUGAGACCCGCUAUUGCCAGGGAAAGAAGGUGACUCUGUACAACAAAGCAAAACUGGAGAAAUGGGCACCAUACCUGAAUGGCAAUGGGCUGGUGCAGCGCCUCACCAUCUACGCAGGGCCAGACUAUACUGAUGUAGUGGAGGUGAGAGAGUGGUUUGAAAACCGAGAAGACAUCCUGGUUAGGAGAGAAGUGAAUAAACAAACACAGCUGACCACAGACUACUUCAGCGAAGGACAUUCCCUCUGUCUUAAAGCUCACACCUAUACAUCUCUGGAACCCAAAACUGGACAUACAAUGGAGUUCUACAGUGAGGCACGAGUUGAUGGCCUCCACAAGCGUGUUGAAACCACUAGUGAGAUGACAGAGUACUUCGUGGGGCGGGAUGACUUCCUGUACCUCCGGCACGUUAAGUUUGGCAAACAAGGAGAGGAAACACAGAGAACUGUCAUGAACUCCCAGCCUAUCAUGCAAAUCAAGGAGUGUUUUCACAGAAACCCAGAAAAGCCUGCUGAUGAAGAUGUCGCAGAAUGUAUCUUUCUGAUCACAGAGGAGGACAUCCAUCUGAGAUACCACCUCAAAGAUAAAUACCUUACUGCCUCAAAGAAGCUUUUCCACAAACUGCCAGAGAGGAAUAGUAAAGGGCAUAAAGUCUUCAUGACCCCAGAAACAUGUAUCACAUACCAGGCAGGGUCCUUUGAGAAAGGCAAGAGUUUGUUCCAUCUGUACGACUUGUUGAAGGAGCUGACAGAGAAAGAGAAGCGGCUGAAGGAACAGGUCCGGCAAUCUGAAGCAGAGGUGUUAACUAUUUUGAAGAUCCGUGGGACUGAAGAAGCCGAUAUUAAAUUAUCAGUUUCAAUUUAUAAUAGAGAGAGGAAUGAAGAGAGAAGACAACAGCGUGAAGCCAUGGAGAGCACCAUGAAGGAUGAGCUCCUAGGACAGAAGGAACAAGAUCUGGUUUAUCUAGCACCUUUCCUUAUUCGAAGUGGCUGCAGAGAUAAGCUGACCAAGGAGCAGGCCCUGCAUGUCAGAGAUGACUGCCUGACUGAUUUUAAGCAUCAUCUCACUUACAAAGUCAACCUCAUCCAGGCUCGCCUGGAAAAGGCGGUGGAGGAGCUGCAAAAGAACCACCUGUGGUUUCAGGAAAACAAGAACCAGCUCAGCACAAAGGAGAAGGAUGACUACCUCUCUAGUUGCUCUGAAUCCAUGUUCCAUAUCAACCUUCUAGAGCAGAGACUCAACAGGGAAAAGCGGACGGCACCACAGAAAUACCUGGCUCUAGAUGAUAAGCUGCGCAUGGAUCCUCGCCUAGCGGAGCACCUCCACUACACCUGAUUUCCUUAUUCCUUCACGCACCAGGCACUGGGAAUUGGUGCUGAAGCCUGAGAGGAGCAGACUGGGAAAAAAAGUGGAAAGGUUUUCCUUCUUGGCUGCAGUAAAUCUUUCUUUAUUGAUUGUUGGAGAUUUUAAUAAACUUGAUGCAUUUCCCUA